AUGGCAUCUUACGCAACUGCUGAGCCCCAGUUUAUUGAAGUCAAUGGCACUCGCUUUGCAUAUCUCCGAUUUGGCUCAGCCGCCAACAACACGGUUCCUCUUGUGUUCCUCCAGCAUUUUAGAGGCACUUUCGAUCACUGGGAUCCUCAGCUGAUUGAUCCUAUCUCAACGACUCGUGAGGUCAUCUUAUUGGAUAAUUCUGGUGUUGGGAAGACCAACGGCACAGUCCCAGGAACUUACGCUGAAUGGGCCGACAAUGUAGCUCAGGUUGUCAAAGCACUAGGCAUCUCGCAGAUUGACUUGCUUGGCUUCUCUAUGGGAGGUUUUGCAGCUCAGAUGGCAGCCCUCAACUACCCAACUCUUAUUCGCAAGCUUAUCCUUGCGGGAACCGGUCCUAGUGCCGGUGAAGGUAUCGAAGGUGGCGAUCCGGCCGCAUUUGGGCGUCUAGCCGCGGCUUCUAAUGAUAAAGAAGAACACGGCGGCUUUUUGGAAGCAUUUUACUCUCUGACACCAACGAAGCAGACCCUAGGCGACAAGUGGUGGAAACGUAUGACGACUGCUCGCUCAAACAGGUCUGACUAUGUGGGACUUGAGGGCACAAAGGCGCAAAUCGACGCAGUUCUUCGCUGGUCAAACCGCGAACAUGCGUCAGAGGGUUCAUAUGACCGCUUACAUGAGAUCAAAGUUCCUGUUCUUGUCGCAAAUGGCGAUAAUGACAUUCUCAUUCCAACUGUCAACAGCUGGGUUAUGUUCAAGAGGUUAACCAACGCCGACGCUCAUCUGCACUUAUACCCGGAUGUGGGACAUGGAUUUUUGAAUGAGUACGCGGGUCAGUUUUCGAGUCUAGUUAACCAGUUCCUCGAUGACCGGGCGUAA